AGCCACGCCUGAAGGGGCGGUGCGCGCACGCCUGUUAUCAUGUGACGUGAAAUGCGGCUUUUUAUCACAAGCCGUUGAAUGGCCUUGCACCUGCUCCUCUUGGCCCUACGCUAUUCUGAGAUGCUCCCAGCGAUAAUCCGAAGCAUGUCUACCACUACCGCCUCCGGGCCAAUUGAGCAGUCCAUCAUUGCCAAGCUCACCAACGCGUUUCACCCGUCCCACCUCAGGAUCAGCAACGACAGCCAUAAGCAUGCCCAUCACGCUGGACUCAGGGGCGCCACCAAUGUGACCGAGUCGCAUUUCCGCUUGGAAAUCGUCACCGACGUUUUCGAGGGCAUGAAUAUGCCCAACCGGCACAGAGCCAUCUACAGUUUGUUGGACGAGGAAUUCAAGGAGAAGGGUCUCCACGCGUUGCAGAUGAAGACCAAGACCCCGGAAGAGUUCAAUAAAGGGAAGAAAUAGAGAUACGUUGGUGUAUAUAGUUUAAUCGGGAAUUGAAUAAAUCACCGGGAGUAGAACUGUUUUACCGUAGCGGUGGAUCAAGCAUGUUCGCAUGCCCUAUUGGGAGUAGUUUGUCCCCGUGAGAUUUGGGAAAUGCAC